AUGUCGCCGCUUUCUGAAAGAGGUGCAUCCUUGGAUGAGCCGACACAGUCCUCUAAAGAGUCGGAUGGAGCUAUCAAGCGGGCACUGUCGGACAGCGAGUUGAACGAUAAAGAAGUGGAAAGCACAAAGCGUUUGAAGACGCAACAUCGCAGCACCGCGCUGCCUAUUCGCCAGAAGUCGCCGUCGACUAGUACACCCGUGCCUGAACUGUCUAAGGCUGAAAAUGACGACCAGGUAGUAGCAGGACUAGUUGCGCUCGUCCGCAACUCUGCCCUGGCUUCUCACCAGCACCUGCCAGUCCGGUCGUUCCUCGUUGCCAACAGUGCAACGUGCCGCGCAGCCCCGGCAGAGACGGUGACUCUCUGGAUGCAGAGGGUCAUGUGUCAGGUCCGAGCAGAAGAUGGCAUUGCAGCGAGACUCAACAAGGACCGAAGCGUUCUGCCUGGCUGGCCAAGGGACAACAUCAUCCCAGAACUCACUGGGCUGGUGCGCAAUGCAUGUCCACCUGCAUUGGAUGACAGUUGUGUGGGCGCGUACCUUCGCGAGGUCUACAAAGGAGUAGAGGAGGCGACUUUGGAGAAGGGGAUACGAUGCGUCGUGCAAAGGUUUCAGUGA